AUCAGCCCAACGUCGGCGGAGGAUGGCUUAAUCAAGAACCCACCACAAGAUUGGCACGUAGCAAACAAACCACGCAAAUUGUGUGUACACAAAUUGUCGCUUAUGGCUGAGGUGCCCGAUCUCUCCCUUCUCCCACAAACCCACUGAACUGAGUAUGAUUCUCACAGACUAACCUUCUAGAACCCAGAACUGCUUAGAUUAAAUUUGCUUGUGGAUUCUCUUUAUGCUCAUCAAAUCGGUGUAUUCAGGUCAGGUUCUCUAUAUUCCGUAGUGGGUUUUCUUUGUUUUUGAUAUAUUCAUAAUAUAUGGCUUCUGCAAUGCUCAAUGGAGCUGAAAACCUCACACUCAUCGGAGGAAUAAACCCAAAAAGGUUAGGAUUUAUCGGGUCAGAUUUUCAUGGGAGGCAUUUUUCCAAGAUGGGUUUGGUGUCCUGUAGUAGAACUUCCAAGGGUAGAACCUUCUUGCCCAAGUGUAGUGCAUCGGCUCCAAGGCCGGCUUCACAGCCUAGGUUCAUACAGCACAAGAAAGAGGCAUUUUGGUUCUAUAGGUUUCUCUCGAUUGUGUAUGACCAUAUCAUAAACCCUGGGCACUGGACUGAGGACAUGAGGGAAGAUGCGCUUGAGCCUGCUGACCUCAGCGACAGGAAUAUGAUAGUCGUAGAUGUCGGUGGUGGAACUGGUUUUACCACUUUGGGGAUUGUUAAGCGCGUGGACGCCAAGAAUGUGACAAUUUUAGACCAGUCGCCUCAUCAGCUUGCUAAGGCUAAGCAGAAGGAGCCCUUGAAGGAAUGCAAAAUAAUCGAGGGUGACGCAGAGGAUCUCCCUUUUCCUACUGAUUAUGCAGAUAGAUAUGUAUCGGCAGGAAGUAUUGAGUACUGGCCAGACCCACAGCGUGGCAUCAAGGAAGCAUACAGGGUGUUAAAACUUGGAGGAAAAGCAUGCGUAAUUGGCCCUGUUUAUCCAACAUUUUGGCUGUCUCAAUUCUUUGCAGAUGCGUGGAUGCUCUUUCCAAAGGAGGAAGAGUACUUGGAGUGGUUCAAAAAGGCUGGAUUUAAGGAUAUCAAAUUGAAAAGGAUUGGCCCAAAAUGGUAUCGUGGGGUUCGUCGCCAUGGGUUGAUAAUGGGAUGUUCUGUUACAGGUGUAAAACCCGCAUCUGGGGAUUCUCCAUUGCAGUACCAUGGAUGAUGUUGUUAGAAUAAAGAGCGUGCAGCACUAGGAAGAAGAUAUGAGUGAAGCAUUGACAUCUUCUUUUAUUGUGAGUUAUCAAUCAUUCGUGAUAUUCUACAUUUCUACAUGAAUGGACAUUAAGAUCCACAAGUUUGGCUUGAAGAAUUGGACAGAUGGAGUCUUGCUAUUGUGGAGUCUUUUGAAAAUUAAAAAGUAAAAAGUAAAAAAGAAUUACUUUAUAAUGAACUUGUGUUGUUCUUUCAACAUGAUUAUUUAGGUUUUGUACUCAUCUUAAGUUUGUGACUCUGAUUUUAUGGAUUGAAGCUUUCUGAGACCAAGGUGUUUGAAAUUUCUUUAGUUUCUUUUGUGCUUCCAUGCAUAUGAAUUUCCUGUUGCCCUUUAGUUUUAACAUUGGAUUGGAACCUUUAAUUUCACUACUAGGUUUUAAAAGGAUCUCAUUAUGGUAGUUUGGGAGAAAAUUUCAAUAUUAAGAGUUCUGGAAAGCCGAUAGGCUGCAUUUUUAAAGGGAGGGUUCAAUCAAGUAAAAAGCAUUUUUUGCUUGUCAGUGUUCAGUCUCAGUGGCACUGUCAUGGUUCCACUUUCACUACCAGAAGUGCUAAUUCCCUUUAACUAGAACAUCUCAAUUUCUUGGCUUAAGUCUUGACACAAUUAAAUAGCAAAAGUAAAUUCAUCCUGAAUAUUCAAAUUUAUCCCCCCCCCCCAAAAAGAAAUUGUGCUUUUACUUAAGACCUGGCUACCAUUCAGCUUUACUGGACGGCCAAAUAAGGUUCAUGCUGACCACUCCAUAUUGUUUUUGGGUAUUAAUUUUACCAAGCUUGGUUUUUUUUCCAUGGUAGUAAACAAUGGUGAUCACAAAGUUUCAUGUUAUUGUACUAAUUUAGAAUGGGACUAUAAUUCAUUGGAGGGGGAUAGUGGGUGUACCUGUAUGCUUGUGUCAUCGGAUAAUUCUAACUUAAAUGCUUUACAAUAGUUUGAUUUCCCAACUAUUCUUUCCACUUUUUAUGGUUCCAUGUUCUCUCGAGACUUACAAGGUUUUGGAUUUUAAUGCAGCUUGGUCCGACGGCAGAGGAUG